AUCGUGUUAACUGUUAAGUAACCAUCCGAGCUUAGGACGGAUACGACAUGCUACAUUACAAGAUAAAGCUGCCGAAAUCAAGACGACAUCCAGAUAGGAAACCGCCAGCUAGUUAAUGCCGCUAAGAUAUAGAACUAAGAAGAAUCUGGUGCAUAAAAGGUCGUCGCAAAUUUCCAGUAUGAAUGUACAGCAAUGUUUAAUUGUUCUAUUUUGCUGCUUCGUGGUUGCAUUAUGCAAUAAACGGAAUUGUGAAAAGUGGAGGCGAGAAGCUUUGGCUAAACGAGGCAGGCAAAUAAAUACUAGCGAUGAAGCAGCUGGUUUCGGACGCGGAGGUUACCCUGAGCCCACUGUAUCGGCCGCAGUAGGUUCAACAGUGAAGCUUGUUUGCAACCAUCUGACCUAUCUAGGGGACUCGCCUCACCCGCCCAUAGUUUCAGUGGUAUGGCUGAAAGAUGGACGACGACUUCGCGAAAUAGCGAAUAAGAAAAAAAUAGACGAUUGCAUCAAAAAGCCUUUCAUAUUCGGAACCAGGCUCACUAUUUUUAAAGCGUCGCCGAUCGACUCCGGUAACUACACAUGCAAGUAUAGUAUCGUGGAUAAAAACGCGAUUCGGUAUGAGAAGAAUACGUCUGACAACAUCGCUGUUUUCGUUGGGACGAAACGCAAUGUGACAGUAUACCGACGCGGUUGGUCGGCGAGACAUUUAAAUACUACAACCACUAGCAGAACCACAAGGAAAGAAUUUGGAAAGGAAUCCACGACUGCAAUAAUAAAAAUUAUUGCGGAAUCUGGAUGGAAUAAAGAAUUAACAGCACUCGUGAUAGUUUCUUCAUUCUGUUGCGUGUUUUUAAUCAUUCUUCUCGUCUCUUUAUGCUCGGCCGAACAAUCGUGUCCGUAUAAAGUUUGUUUGGCGGUCACUGGUCAGCGACGUCCAGUUCAAAAAGGGCCAGCAGCUUGCCCGACAGAUACCGGACUAUUGGAAGACGGCGUUCGAUUUUUUAAUGAAAAUAAAGACAUGGACGAAGAACCAACUUACAUAAACAACGAACGUUAUCGGGAUCUUUUCCCAUUUAUCAACGAAGAAGAAUGGAGAUUACUCGAGCAAAACCGAAUCGACAGAAACAGCGUUCUGUGCGGUGUUCAAUACUCCAUGCCAAUUGUGCUUGGGACAGGUAACUUUGGCCACGUAUAUAGAGGCGAGCUGACUAUGCAUGAUGGAAGUAAAAAGAUGGUGGCCGUUAAAAGGCUAAACGAUGGAUACAAGCCAAGAGAACUUGGUCAUUUUCUAUCUGAAGCUGUGACGUUGUUAAAGGCUGGACAACACUGUAACGUUGUAACUCUGGUCGGUAGUAGUUUGCUGGACGCACUUGGAAACUCGGACCGAGCGGACUCUGUAAAGAAACCUCCUAUUCUGUUGAUGGAAUUAGCAAGUGAGGGAAACUUGAAAAACUAUUUGUACGAAAGAAGACUGGAUGAAGCAUCUGUCGUAUCUUUGCCGCGAAAAAAUGGAAUGACGUCAACUGACGUGGCUGUUGGAAAGGGGAUCUCCCUAAAAGAUUUGACGUCAUUUUCGUACCAGGCAGCGAGAGGAAUGGAGCAUCUUGCUUCGAAAAAGAUCAUUCAUCGCGACCUCGCAGCACGGAACGUACUCCUGACAUCUGAUCGUGUGGUUAAGAUCGCCGAUUUCGGGUUGUCAAAGCACAUGCAGAACGAAUAUUACAAAGUACACGCUCCUGCGAUUGCUCCGGCGAAAUGGACGGCUCCCGAGGCAUUGUGGGAAAACAAAUUUUCGAUUAAAUCGGACGUGUGGUCGUAUGGUGUGCUGGUGUGGGAGAUUUUCUCCAUGGGCGAGCAACCAUAUCUAGGCGUGCCCGCUCAAAUACUAUACAGAAAACUAUCCUCGGGACUACGACUCGGAAAACCGCGAUUUUCAAAUACUGCAACAUAUUCGAUUUUACGAAAGUGUUGGUCUUGGAAACCAGAAAAUAGACCAACAUUUACAGAACUGGUUCAAUAUUUUGACGCAGCGUUGUUGUGUGUUGCACAGGCCUACAUGGACUUAGGGCAGCCAUGCAAUUCUCUUGUGACAUCUACCGACAGCAUUAGUCAAAACUCGGAGGCGGGUUCGGACUCGGUUUUUGAUUAUUCGGAAAUGAUGAGCGUCGCAAUUGAUCCGCGAAUGAUAAAUCCCUAUCCCCCCGAUUCGUCUACAUCAGCAGACACGUACAAAAAUACGUCAGCCGUGUCGAUACGUUCCGCAACCCUCGAGUCGAAGGACUCGGCUUGUAUAAUGCACAACUCUGGCGGUUCAGUAUCUACAGUAUCGGAAGAUACUGCGGCCGAAUUUACGUUCAGUGAAUUGAUUAAUCCUCUGUAUGAGGUCGAGGCGGUGGUGGAUUAAUUGAUGCACAGUGCACAUCAUAAAACACUUGCAUUUGAUGCCAUUUGUUUGUAACAGUUCAGAUCAUUUUUUACUUGCCAUUUGUUUGCUUUGUGAGUCUUGUGACCAAAUACGUCGCAAAAUAUACAACGAAAAAAAUAUUUUAAAAA